CGGAGUUUCACCACCAUCUCUCCCCCUCGCCUGGUGACGCCUGUAACCGCUGGACAAAGAGGGCAGGACCCCAGUUAGUAGGGGCUGAGCUGUGAGGUUUUGGUACCAGCAGAGGAGCUUUAACAUGCAGAUGAAGUCAGCGCGGAGACUUAUUUUACUGUAGCAACAGCUUGUAGACAGCACUGCACAUCACUGGUUGGCACAGGAAUCUUGUUGUGGAGUACGGGAUCAGAAGCAGCAAAUGUUUCCGGUCAGGCAGCCUUGGCUUUGCAAAGCCUUAGGUUGUUAUGAUUGCUGUAUCCGGUGCAUCGGGGCAGUGCCCUACCCAUCCCUGGUGGCCACCCUGCUGUUCUAUGCCGGCGUGGCCUUAUUUUGUGGCUGUGGGCACGAAGCGUUGUCCCAGACUGAAGUCCUCGUCGAGACUUACUUUGCCCGCAACGUUCAAGACUUCGUGGUCAUGGCCUCCUUUAUCAAGUACUUCCAGUUCGUGAUCUACGGUCUGGCAUCAUUUUUCUUCCUCUACGGCAUCCUGCUGCUGGCCGAGGGUUUCUACACCACGAGUGCUGUCAAGCAGACGUUCGGUGAAUUCAGGAGCACCCACUGUGGCCGCUGCCUCAGCCUGACGUUUAUCAUAGUGACGUACAUCUUGGCUUUCAUCUGGCUGGCAGUCUUUGCCUUCACUGCUAUCCCGGUCUUCUUCUUGUUCAACAUGGAGCAGACGUGCCACAACAUAAACAUCCUGGCUGAAACAACACCCAGCAUUAAUCAGCACGGAUGGAUUUGCAUGGAUGCCAGGCAGUACGGUCUGCUUCCUUGGAACGCAAUGCCAGGGAAGGCUUGUGGAAUGACCUUGGCAUCUAUUUGCAAAACCAGCGAAUUCUACGUCACCUACGACUUGUACAUAGCUGCAUUUGCUGGUGCUGGGAUCGCUCUCUUGGCCCUGUUUCUGUAUUUGGCUGCCACCACCUACAAUUACGCAGUCUUGCGGUUCCUGGGGAGGAAAGGUGUCCGCUGAGGGCAACACAUCCGUCCCAGUCAACUCCGUCUCCAGGCCAUGAAGCGGAGACAGUCAACACGGGACCUCCCUCCAUCCUCUGGGAAACAGUACGCUGCAAAUGUGGAUCACCUGCUAUAGUUUUUCUUUACACAAGUCCGAUAACAGACAAAUGUUUAUCAUUGCUGUUUUGUAUGAACAACAGACAGAGAGAUGAAGAUAAUUCACAUCCAGCGUCCUCCUCUUCGAAUCCUCCUCUCAGAUGAUUCUCUUUGCUUUGUUGUUCAGUCUCCACUCCCUUUCGUUUAUGCUUUGUUUUUUGCAAAGCUUCUUUGGUGCUGGUGUUGUUGUCAGAUUAGGUUGUGUGAUAAUUGUAUGUAUGAAUAAUUAAGAGCGAUGACAGCUCGCCUUGCAAAUCAUAACUACAUGCAAGCCAUUCAGUGUUAAGUGAUCCGUGUACAGUUCUGAGUUUGAUUUUGUUUCUGCUGCCUCAUUAUCACCAUCUUGUGCAGCAACAUUGUGUGAACUAAAGCAAGGGAUGCUGAAUGUACCUAAUGCAUGGGGUUUGGUGUAUCCCUUCAUCUCCUUCCUUGCUUCCACUGACAACACAUGUACUUUGCUUUCACUCAAACCUCAUUUUUCCUUAAUUUAAAUGUCACUGCGAAACAAAGACAUGUAUCUAUUUUCUGGAUAUUUGAGUUACUGCUUAAAAUAAGCUAGUUCUAAGUUACUGAGGUGUUGAUGCUUCAAUAACAGGUGGCUCAUGUUUAAUGCGUGGCCCUGCUACUUACCGGGCUGGGUGGUGUGUGCUCAUUUUGAAUUAAGGCGGAAUAAACCAUUUUAAUCUCAA